AUGCCCGAGGAGCGACCUCAUGGCUCGACGUGCAACUAUGCCACCAAGUGGAUGCAGCUGGACAAAAUCAAAGUUAGCGAGGCGCCUGUCAUCGUAACGCGAAUUGAGUUUCCCAUAGUGGUGGGCUUGAUUGCUGCGAUUGCUGGUUUUGGGAGUAGCGGCAAGAAUGUCGGGCAACUGCACGCGAAAGACCAUGACUAG